UUUCUCUUCUGUCUGUGUGCGAAUGCACAGACGGUUCACUAGUAAUUUGAUGUGUGUCCCCGGGGACAUUUGAUGGAUUAAAGCUAAGCAGCUCCAUUUCGCAGCACCACCUGAUCUUCCACUGCCUGUGCCCCAUAUAAAGGCUGGCGUGAUUGCUGAUCUCAGCUAGUCUGACAGAGUCUCUCUCUCCCUCCUCUGCGCCUGUCUCCUUCUCUUCUCCUCCUCCUCACUGGUCCUUUAAGCCGGCCGCAUCACAGGAGCUAUCCAGUGCUGAACGGGCUCACUUUUAUUUAUUUAUUUAUUUGUCACUUUUCCGGGGGAAACUGGGGGAGCCAGUGUGCGCCGGGCAGCGUUACCGUCAACGUCUUUUGCUUUCCAUUUUUGUCGGAAUCAUCUCAUGUUCAUCGCGAGGAUUACCAUCGAGCUAGCUGUGCCCGUGCGCUCCCUCCGAAGCUUUUUCUUUUGGCUCAUGCCUUUUCCGCCACACUGUGUUAUCAUCCACUGAAACAUGCCCCGCUCAUUUUUGGUGAAGAAGAUCAAACUUGAUGAUUUCUCUUCAUCCAACGCGGCUGCCAACAAUCACCAUCAGCAUCUGGACGACUCGUUGACUUUCGCACGCUCCAUCACAGACUCGGUGACCAGCCUCGGCGUUCGUCUGAGCGAGAAUGGCUACAUCCAGGAUUACAUCACGCCAUCUGUAUACCGGGGGGAGAAGAAGAUGGAGCACAAGCUGGUUUCGGACCCACUGUACACCCACGUGAGCAGCGGCGGCGAGUACUGCGACCCCGACCUGAAGCACCCCGACAGCCCCCAAUCAGGCAUGACGGCCAGCGGUUUCUACAGCGGUGAGUCGGAGGCCUUGGACGAGGGUUACACCAUGGAUGCCUUCUUCAUCUCCGACGGGCGCUCGAGAAGGAAGGGCGACGGCGAGGGUCGCGAGGGUGGCUCGAGGAGCAGCAGCGUCAACGCCGGUCUGCAGGAGAGCGGCGUCGCUGGAUCCGCUCGCCAUACCUGCAACGAGUGCGGCAAGACCUACGCCACCUCUUCCAACCUGAGCAGACACAAGCAGACGCACCGUAGCCUGGACAGCAAGAUGGCCCGCAAGUGUCCCACCUGCAGUAAAGUCUAUGUGUCCAUGCCGGCCUUGGCCAUGCACAUCCUCACCCACGACCUCAAGCACAAGUGCGACGUGUGCAGCAAGGCUUUCAGCCGCCCCUGGCUCCUCCAAGGUCACAUGCGGUCCCACACGGGGGAGAAGCCCUUCGCUUGCGCCCACUGUGGCAAAGCCUUCGCUGACCGCUCAAACCUCCGCGCCCACAUGCAAACACACUCUGCCUUCAAGCACUACAGAUGCAAGCGCUGCAAUAAGACCUUCGCUCUCAAGUCCUACCUGAACAAGCACUAUGAGUCGGCUUGCUUCAAGGGCUCCGCAGACGAAGACGACUCGGCAUCAGACAACUGACGCUGCUGAAAGACGCAGAAUUUCCAAGCUCGCCACUACCCGACCCCUGUCCACUCCGCCCUCCAUGCCUUUUUUCUUCCCUUUUUUAGAAAGCAAUAUUUUCACUGAGAUUAUGAAGAAGCUCUAAUGACAACGGCAAAGACAAUUUCAGAAGAUGCUGGAACCCACCCCCCUGCACAGUAGCUAAUCAUCCACAGACAAAUACAAUCAACAACCUUCCCCAAAUAGCAACUGUAGGUAGUUGUACACAUAAGCAACAUGUGCUCACACCGAACACAUGCAAACACACACCACGCAUACACACACUCAAUUAUAUAUGAGGCCUGGCAUGUGAAUUUUUAUCAAUGACUAUACUAAUAUCAAUAGUAAUAAUAUUUAGAUUCCCGAUAUUUUAUAGCAAAUAGUAAUGAUAAAAAUUAACAAAAAAAUACAUAAAAAGGACAGUGUUCGUUGGAGGGGUUUUUUUUUAGAGACAAAAUGACCUCUUGUAUUUUUAUGCUGCUUUUUAUUUGCUAAGAAUUGAAUUCUUUUGCAACUGCCAACUUUUUAUGAAAAUGUGAACUAUAACAGUAUUUGCAAAAAAAAAAAAAAAAAGGGGAGAUCAUUUUAAAAAGGUCAUAAGACCACCCCUUUUUCCACACCAAUGUUAUUUUUCUAUUUGAUUUUUCUAAAAUUAUUUUUUGUGCUCGAUAUCCCUUGAUCAAAAGGUAUCUUUGUAACUGUGGGUAUUCCAGACACUUUUAAGACACCAUUCGCCAUUACAGGCCACAAAAUGUUUGGAUUCUGUCUGAGCUGCCCUGUUCAAAUGUGCAGCAGUAGGCCUGUGUAACAGGUCUCUGUCAUUUUGGGGUGUCCUGUGUCUAUAGCAAAGAAAACACUCGUUCUUCCUCCAAGUCGGUGGCGAGCGAGCGUCAGCUGCCGUUUCGGUGCACCGUCUUUCCGAGAACGAGCGCCCCUCACGUGAUGUUUGAGGGUCUCCUCGUCCGCCAGUGUGACCGCGGGCUGACGCUUUACACACUCGCGCACCCUCAGUUACAAAGCGACUCUUUUAUAUGUCGCUCGAAGCUCCGUCCAUUGUUUCGCUGCAUCUAAUUAUCAUGUAAAUACUUUAUUUAUCUAUUUAUUAUUUAUUUUGGAGGGUAUUUAUUGAGGACUCGAUUGCUAUUUAUUAAUUUAUUAUUUAUAAUUUCGAAUAAUGAACAUUCAUUGAACUUGUAAGAUGCUGCUGCUCUUCAAAGAAAAUGUUUAUAUGCAUGAAAACUGUAGAGAGUCCAUCGGACUUAGUUUUUAAAGAGGAACAAUGUACAGCAUUACAGCAAUGCAGAGCUACUUUAGUCUUUUCUUUCGUGGCAAUAACCUUCCUGACAUAUGUACCAAUCACCUGUUUUUCACUCAAUUUAGGGCAAUAAAAAGAAACAGUGACAAUUAAUUAAAAGGCCAAAUAUUCUCCAACUAUUCUCCAACUCUAAAAGUCAGACGCUCCUCCUCAGGCCUACAGAUUUUCGGAAAAAAACAACUCAGGCAAUAACUAACUCCUUGACUCAGACAUGAUAGUUCAUGUUGGAUCAAAUUAGAGUCAGGUAAUGUCGGUGUGAUUGUGUUACAUCAAGGUUUCAAAGGUGCAAAAGCAAUAAUGAUGCUGCUGCAGUGAGAGGCUGCUAUUUUAUACACUUCAUCUUGGGUUAUUGUCUCUGUUGGUUUACAGAGCAGCUGUGUAAGAAAGUGUCCACGUGAAAUUAAAAAAAAACAAAAAACAACAGUGUAAGUAAAUACGUCUUGGAAGUUCUGAGCUUGUUUGAAAUACGCGGCAUGCUUGAACGCACAUCCCAGCCCCCCGUCAUUUGUCCCCCUACUAACUCCCCCGCACCCCAUCAACUAUCUUCAUCCUGACUGCCUCUAAACAGACCCGCGGAGGAUGAGAUGUGUUGAAGUGGGAUUGACGGAGGGCGGCCGAGUGUGGGAGGAUAACAGGUGUUUGCAGACAGACUGCAGAUAGGGAGCGUAAUUGAGUUGGUGAGCAACCUCCAAGGGGAAGGUCAAGCACCAGCAGGCAAAUGCACUGUCAGCUAUUUGCAUAUUUGAAAUGGAUGAAACCAACGCAAGGCUAAAAACAGAAAAAAAGGAAGAAAAGAGGAGUUUCCGCUCUGUUUAUCUGUCGACGGCUGUCUCAGCACUGCAGCUGAAUCUCCGCGUGAGAGUAUCCAACCACCUGUCUCCUAUCUCCGCUUGGAAAAAACACCAUUUGGCACGUCGCUGAAUUAUUGAACUUUGAACCGACGCACAAAUCACUGCUUGCACUGCUUUCAUAUUGAACAGAGCGGGAAAGAUAAAAUGUUUUUUGGAAAGGUGCUGACUGCAAUUUAAUAUGGAGGAUAAAGGGAUUGAGAUGAGGAAAAAAAACAUCAUAUGUGGAUGUGUAGCAGGCUGAACGCGUUUUCAUCUUAAAAUGGCAGCAGAUCGCAUCACAAACACUAAUUACUGAGGAGGCGGCUUGACAUAUCCAAAUUGAGACCCAGAGCAGCAUUGUUCCUCUUUGACAUAUUUGUACAUAAAAUUGUAAAUACAUCACAGCAAUAAUAUGCAUGUAGACAUUUAAUUGCCCUUUUCUAUCCACGCUGUCUCAUUUUUUUGCUAUUUAUUUAUGAAAAAACAAAAACAGGUACCAAUUCCAAUCCGGGUGGCCACGUGAAUCAGGGAGUGUCUUGGUUUCCAGACUAUUUGUAAGACAAGGCAACAACACUUCAGUGUAUUCUCAAAGAAUUGAUCAUGCUUUCUUUCUUUCUUUCUUUUUUUUUUUUUUUUACGUGCCCAGCUUGGCUGUGCAAAGAGAAGUGCCAAAUAAAUAUGAUUUCCAUAACAAAAGCCUUCAACAUAUGGUUGGCUGCUUGAAACCUUCCAUAUGGCCCUCAAAGGAAAAAAAAAACAGAUUAAAAUUUUCCACUUUCUUGCUCUCUCUCUCUCUCUCUCUCUCUCUCUCUCUCUCUCUCUCUCUCUCUCUCUCCUCCCUCCUCUCUCUCUCUCUGAGUAUGAAGAAACUUAAGCCAUGAUUGCUGAGCGGGUGUUUUGGUUUCUCUUGUUCUGCUACAAUUUAUGACGACAACAAUAGCAAUGAAAACGUUAAUAAAAACAAUAGCACAAGCAA